GUAUGCAUUACAUUGCCGGAGGUGGUAUAAUAGCCCUUUUAUUGUUUAUUUUAGGUUCAGCCAGCUAUAGGAAGAAUUUGAAUGAUGAAAAUGGAUUCUAUGAUUCUAAUGUAAAUGAUUCUGCUUUUGAAUAUAAUAAUAAUAAAUAUAAUAAAUUACCAUAUAUGU